UUUUCUGUCAAAACGAGUCUGUCAAAACGAAACUGACACAAUUGACAUUAACAACAUCGCAUAACCUCAAAAAUUAUGUUAUUAUACAAAACAUGAACAAUGCGCUGAAAGAAUCGUUCCACUUAUUUUGUCUUCGCGUCUUUAAUACUAAACCUAAUAUGACAUGGUCGUGACUCCCUACGUAAAAAGAAUCCUCAAAUUUAUUUCACUAGUAAUGUCAAAUGUAAAAUUCGGAUACCUUCUAACCAUUUUUGUGAUGAGCUCAAUUGCCAUAAUCUACCAAAUACAAAUCGCUAGGCUUCAAGAGAAAAUAGAGUUUUUAGAAAUAAUUCAUAAUCAAAAUGAACAAAGGUCCAAGAAACAGCCCUCACCGAAAGACAAUAUAGUCGUUAUAUACAAUCGUGUCCCGAAAACCGGCUCCACUAGUUUCAUAGGCGUCGCAUACGACCUCUGCAAAAAAAAUAAAUUCCACGUUUUACAUGUAAACAUAACUGCAAACAACCACGUUCUCUCUUUAAAUAACCAACACAGUUUCAUUCGAAACGUGACUGAUUGGGCAGAAAUGAAACCAGGGAUUUACCAUGGGCAUUUUGCUUUCGUUGACUUUAGCAAAUUCGGUGUGUCCAAGCCGCUUUUCAUCAACAUUCUGCGAAAACCGCUGGAGAGGUUCAUUUCGUAUUAUUACUUCGUGCGUUACGGGGAUAACUACCGGCCGUAUCUCGUACGGCGCAAACACGGAAACACUAUGUCGUUCGAUGAGUGUGUUGAAAAAGGUUUAUCAGACUGUGAUCCCAACCACAUGUGGCUACAAAUUCCGUUCCUGUGUGGGCACGCCUCAAAUUGUUGGAAACCAGGGAACAAGUGGGCGUUGACUGAAGCCAAGAAGAACUUAGUCAACAACUAUUUACUCGUCGGAGUUACUGAAGAAAUUGAAGAUUUUGUAGCGAUAUUAGAGCAGACUCUACCGAGGAUAUUCAAGGGGGCGCUUGACCAUUAUUUGACGAGCAAUAAGUCGCAUUUGAGGCAGACUAUCCAGAAGGAUGUGCCAUCGCCUGCGACUAUUAAGAAGAUACAAGAGAGUCCAGUGUGGCAGAUGGAGAACGAGCUGUACGAGUUCGCUUUGGACCAAUUCCACUUUAUGAAGAAACACACGUUGAAGAAUAAGAUGCAAAACGUUAUGUAUGAGAAAAUUAGACCUAAGGUUAACUGAGUUGCGGCGACAGUAUUUAUUAUGAUGUAUCUAUUUUUUCGGCUAUGUAUUUCUACUGAUGAAUAAAUAUGUACAGUGAAAAA